AUGGAAAUCUUCAACCAGACAAAAUGGAAUUACUUUGUGCUGGAAGGAUUUGUUGAACUUGAGAACUACAGUUCAGCUAUGUUUAUAGUCUUCCUUACUAUCUACAUUUUAACUCUUAUUGGAAACAUGUUGAUUAUUUUGGUGGUGUAUAAAGACAUUAAUCUUCACAAGCCUAUGUAUUUCUUCAUCGUCAAUCUGUCCUUUCUAGAGACUUGGUAUGUUACCACCACAACCCCAAAACUUUUAAUGAUGCUGUUAACCAAAGAUAAGAAGAUCUCAUUCUACUGGUGCUUUGCUCAACUCUACAUGUUCCAUGGGUUGGGUAUCACCGAAGGCAUCGUAUUGUCUGUCAUGGCUGUUGACCGCUUUGUAGCCAUAUGUAAACCUCUUAGAUACAACAUUAUCAUGAGUACCAGAGUCUACAGAAACCUAAGCUUGAUGUGCUGGAUAAAUGGUUUUUCAAUAGCGAUAAUUCCAGUUACACUUACUUCUCUGGUUCCAUUAUGUGGCUCCUACCAUCUUUAUCAUUUCUUCUGUGACUUAGCACCAUUACUUAGUCUGGCAUGUGGGGACAUCACAGUCACUGUCACCAUUAACAGAUUUGUUGGUGGUUUUACCACAAUGUUUAACCUCGCAAUCAUCAUUCUUGUAUAUAUUAAUAUCACAUAUUCCAUCAUAAAGAUGAAGACUAAGAGUGGACGAAUUAAAGCUUUCUCCACCUGUUCCUCCCACUUGACGGUGGUGACCUUGUUCUUUGGUACCGCUUGUAUUGUUUAUGCUGUUCCAAAGAAAACCCAUUCAGUAGAUACUGACAAACUGUAUGCUCUUGUAUAUGCUAUGUUCACCCCGUUUCUCAACCCCAUUAUCUAUAGCUUAAGAAACCGAGAAUUUAACACACCGAGAGAAUCCAUGAGAAUUGCGAAGGACAAACCUCCUCUGUUCAUCUGUGAGUUGGAUAUUUAA